UCUCCCCGUGGUGGUCCAACCUGUUGGGGAUCGUCUCAGAGGAGAAUUUCUUUUGCAUCUAUAAAUGAAUCUCCUCGGUGUGCCAGAUCAGCCCGUGCGGCUCCCAGUGCACACUCUGUAUCCACUACAGGCACCACUACGGGCCCAAGAAUGGGUGGAGCAACUUCCAGGCCCACCACAAGGUCAUGGGCCUUGUCACCAUUACCGACUGCCUCUUGGUCAAGACCUUCUAGAAGCUCCACGUGCAGAGGAGCUGUAUGGCACCACGAUCUGUGACCCUCAGCUCUUUGCCUUUGGGUCUGCAUGGAGAGGUGGUCAAGCAGCCACCUACUGAUGUGGCCUUCAACCUACAAGUACUGCAGAGUAGUGGAGAAGAGGGUCGAGGACAUCAAGUCACUCUUCAUCGUGCUCGUGUCCAAGAGCCUGCACGGGGCCCCCGAUAAUUCUAGGGACAAGAUCCCCCUCCCCUGCAUCCCGUUUGAGAAGAAGGACUUGGUGGGACUGGACACAGACAGCAGGUACCACUAUCCACACAAGAAUGAGUGGGUAGACUUCAAGACCCACCGAAGGGUCAUGGGCCUCGUCACCAUCACUGACCGCUUGGCCAAGGACUGGCUGCAGAUCGAGGAGCUCCCUGUGCAGAGGAGAUUUGUGGCAACACGCAGGACGAUUCGUGGCUCUUCGUCUUUGUGCUGAAGGGCGAGCUCGCCGAGCAGCUGCGCACUGAUGUGGCCUUCUACCCCAGCUAUGAGGACUGUGGGACGGUGGAGAAGAGGAUCAAGGACUUCAUCAAGUCGCUUUUCAUCGUGCUCGAGUCCGAGCUCCUGGUCAGGGCCACCAACAAUUUUAGGGACAAGAUCCCCCUCCUCUGCAUCCCAUUUGAGAAUAAGGACUUGGUGGGACUGGACACAGACAGCAGAUCGUUUUGGUUACUGAGACCCUCGAAUUCCCAUAUGAAUUAUAACAGCAGCUAAUCAGUUU